AUGGCAAGUGAGAAUUGCAAUAUGAUUACGAGUUUGGGUAAAGACUGCUGGAAUUCGAGGAGAGGGAUAGACUGCGGGAAAAGAGCAGAGAACGCCACACGAAAUUCAUUUCUCGUAGGAGCUGAGAUACGAUUAUUAUACCACAAAAUUUCUUAUAACUUGGAAGAUAAAAGGUUUAACGAUGUGAAGGAUUCUGAAACUUCAGCCUUCGAAAGCUGUGACAAUGUAAUUUUGGUCGCCUUCGACGAUAAGAAACCGGUCAUCCUUGCUUUAUCAAAAUCGACCUCGCAGUCAGAGUGCACGACAAAAGAAGCUUACUCAUGGACUGAGGGACGUGCAAUCUAUGAUAGCAGCAAUUCAUUUGUCUCCGUUGAGUACAAUGGAAAAACAUUCGUGCCCGGCCAGGCACAUUUCGUGAAGAUGAUGAUUUGCUCUUGGAAGCUAGUCUUGCCUCUCAUCUCCCCUGCCCUAAGGAUCUCUUCAAGUUUGCUGAAGAAGAUUGAGAAAGGGCUUGGCGGGCACAGGUUGUGGGACACCAUCUCAAACGAUUACUCAUAUUUCUCGAACACUCUUUCACAAGUAACCGUGAUCUUCUUUGGCAUAAGUUGCUCGGAUAACAUAACUGAUUUCAGCUCGGAGUGGCUCGAAGAGUGUCCUCCUAAGAGGUCAAAUCCUAAAAAUAAUAAUGAGUUUGACGACAUGAUUGCCAAACGGAAUCUGAGCUCUUACGAUAUAGUUAAGCUCACUUCAGGUGUAGAGCUUAGCUCUGUUUACGGGUGA